GAGCAGGUCGCCGCGGGCUGGCACACGCCACCCGGUCCCCGAGUAAAUAAAGGAAAGACACUCCCGAGCACCGUAAAUAGAGUCCAAGUGGGCGGGGAGCCGCCCCGCGCCGCCUGCUCAUGUCUCUACAGAGUCGAGUGUCCGGCCGCCUGGCACAGCUGCGCGCGGCGGGGCAGCUGCUAGUCGCCCCGCGCCCCUGGCCCGGCCCCUCGGCGGGUGCCACGCGGCCCCGCAGCAGUGCGUGCAGCCGCUCGGCGUCCCUGGGCGCGUACGGCCCCCGCGCGCGGACCCCAGCGGGAGUUGGGGAUUGGGGGGCGGCGGCAGUGGGGCGGAGAGCCGGGGUGCGCACCUGGGCCCCUCUGGCCAUGGCGGCGAAGGUGGACCUGAGCACCUCCACGGACUGGAAGGAGGCAAAAUCUUUUCUGAAGGGCCUGAGUGACAAGCAGAGGGAGGAACACUACUUCUGCCGGGACUUCGUCAGGCUGAAGAAGAUCCCGACGUGGAAGGAAAUGGCAAAAGGGGUGGCUGUGAAGGUGGAGGAGCCCAAAUACAAGAAGGACAAGCAACUCAAUGACAAGAUCUCCCUGUUCCGUGGCGACAUCACCAAGCUGGAGGUGGAUGCCAUUGUCAAUGCCGCCAACAGUUCCUUGCUUGGAGGCGGCGGUGUGGACGGCUGUAUCCACCGGGCCGCCGGGCCCCUGCUCACUGACGAAUGCCGCACCCUGCAGAACUGCGAAACCGGCAAGGCCAAGAUCACUGGCGGCUACCGGCUGCCGGCCAAGUACGUCAUCCACACGGUGGGGCCUAUCACCCACGGCGAGCCCAGCGCCAGCCAGGCCGGCGAGCUCCGCAGCUGCUACCUGAACAGUCUCGACUUGGUGCUGGAGCACCGGCUCCGCUCGGUGGCGUUCCCUUGCAUCUCCACCGGCGUGUUCGGCUACCCCAAUGAGGCGGCAGCCGAGGUGGUGCUGACCGCGCUGCGCGAGUGGCUGGAGCAGCACAAGGACAAGGUGGAUCGGUUGGUCAUCUGCGUGUUCCUGGAGAAGGACGAGGACAUCUACCGGCACCGGCUCCCGUACUACUUCCCCGUGGCCUGACGGCACCCGAUGCCCACCCUGCCGGGACGACCCACCAGGGCCUGCAGCACUCCGCUCCCAGCUCUGAGGAGAAGUCGCCGAAGCCUGCAGCAGGGCCCAGCCACCCCAUUCUGGCCCUCAGCCCCCUAAUAA